AGAAGAAGAAUUUAGCAGCAUAGGUAGCAAACAUUUCCCUUUUUUCCACGACGUCUCCGCUAGUCCGCUGCAUAGAAGAGGCGGAGACAAGACGAAGAGAGCUGAAGAAAUCGUUUGCCCGUCCCGGUGGCCCCAGAUCACGCGCCAAAUUCCUUGGUUUGCCCGCGAAUUUGGUGCUGCGAUUUUUUUUUCUUUAUGUGCGAGGAGGGGGGCAUUGGUGCGUUUUCCUUCUUCGGUGCGUUUCCCCUUGUUCUUCGGCCGGAUUUCUUGACGGGUUGGGGAAUCGCGGGUAAAGGUCUUGGCUUUCGUGCGAUUCCUCCAGGCGUGUUGCGUUCGCGGAUUCUGUUCGAUUCUGGGGGGCAAUGCGGCUUCGCAUGUCGGUCUUCGCCGUGGGAGCCCCCGAAUUUCCCCAGCUUUCGUGAUUCUUCCGAGCUUCCUCGCCGUAAUCUGUGCAUUUUUUGGGGGGCAGCUCGAGGUACCAAGAAGUGGCCGUUCUUGAAUCGUUGCCAAAGCAUUUGUUCAAAAGCAAAGGAUUUAAUUUACCAAUCGAUUCUAGGGUGCUGAGGAAUUGUUGUCCGUGCCCUCAAAUUUCUCAGAGGAGGAAUCCCUGGCGCAUUUCUCCAUUGAGAUGGUCUUAUUGGUGUAGAAGGAAGCGGAAAAGAUGAGGCGCUGCAGGGGGGAAUGGCUCCUCGCCCUGUGCCUCAUCGCCGUUCAGCUCCUCGCGCCAACGGUCUGCGAGGGAUUACUCGUCGGCGCUAGGGACUUGUCACCGCCGGCCCUGACGCCGCCCCUGAUCAAAGAAGUAGACGAAAUGGUGGAACAUGUCUGGCUCAAGUGCAGGCUAGACAUGAAAUCUCUUGAAGAUGUUAGAAGCCAUUUCGACUACAACCAUGUAUUUGACAUUCUCCGUAGGAUCUCUGGAAAAGACAGUAAGGACGCCUCUCCUGACAUUGAAGAAGGCGCCAACAAAGCAUUGUCUCCAGAAAUUAAGCGCACUUUACUGAACUGCUUAAGCAAGCAGCCACUUGUUGUCUCUGCACAGGAGAGUGCAAAAGACUUGCCUAUUGAUUAUAUCAAAGCGCUUCUUGCCUCGUUAAGAGGAGACCUGGCUCAGGGACCUUCGGAUACAACAGCAACCCUUGCACCACCACCAACUGUAAAAUCAACUCCCUCACCUUCCCUAGGGAAAACUUCCUCAACAAAAUCUGACAAACCAGAUUCUUCGUCAGAAACAACUCCUAAAAAAAAGACGGUGCCCCCAACAAAAAAAUCAGCAGCACAAAAGAAGGAUAGCAGCGGCAUGCCAACCGCUGCUAUCGUUGGUCUGUCUGUGUCUGGUAUAGCGCUCAUAGCUCUUCUCUGCUUAUGCUGCUGUAUGUGCCGUGGAAAACAGAACUCUUCAUAUGAUUUAAAGGAUGAUAAACCGCUCCUGAGUCUGAACCUGAGUGACUUGUCUGCUGCUUCUCGUAAGCCUUCCCAAGGAAAUCCAAUUGAUGUCAAUAAGCUAGGAGCAUUGUCACUGAAGUCACAGGCUGGCCAAAAUGGCAAUGUCAAACUAAGCUCAUCUGAAGGCCAAAAUGACAAUGUCAAACUAAGCUCAUCGGAAGGCCCAAACACUGAGGUUCAUCCAGCGGUUUACAACAGUUUGGCUGAGCCAAGGGCUGCUUCCAAUGGUACUGUCCCAGGAUCGGUACCAACGCCUCCACCAGUGAUUCCACCUCCAGCUCCUCCACCUCCAAAGGCUCCUCCUUCAUCAACUCCUCAAGCACCAGCGCCAGCACCAUCUUCAAGACUUGCUCCAGUUCUUCACUCGGAACCCUCACCAUCACCUGCUCCAAAAGCUACACCUCCGCCACCGCCACCAAAAUCUACUGGCCCACCUCGCCCACCACCACCGGCAAUGCCUAGUUCGUCAAAAACAUGUCCACCACCACUUAUGAAGAAGUCAGGUAAUAAGGUGGAUGGUAAUGCAGAUUCUCUCGAAGCUAAAACAAAGCUCAAGCCCUUCUUUUGGGAUAAAGUAACGGCAAAUCCUGAUCAAUCUAUGGUGUGGGAUCACAUCAAAUCCGGAUCGUUCCAGUUCAAUGAGGAGAUGAUUGAAAGCCUUUUUGGUUAUAACUCUAUGGACAAAAAAGGCAAUGAUGGGAAGAAAGAUUUAUCAGCAAAAGAUGCUUGUCAAUUUGUGCGGAUACUUGAACCUAAAAAGGCACAGAACCUGGCGAUAUCAUUGAGGGCUCUGAGUGUUUCACCAGAAGAAGUAUGUACUGCAGUUAAGGAAGGAAAUGAACUUCCAUCGGAGUUGAUACAUACCUUACUAAGGUGGACCCCAAGUAGCGAUGAGGAGCUUAGGCUUCGACUAUACACUGGGGAACUCUCUCAACUUGGUCCUGCAGAGCAAUUCUUAAGAGCAAUUAUUGACAUUCCAUAUGUUUUCCAACGCUUAGAUGCAUUACUUUUCAUGGCCAAUCUACCAGAGGAAGCUUCAAGUUUGAAGCAAUCUUUUGCCACUUUAGAGGUAGCUUGCCAGGAGCUUAGAAACAGCCGCCUUUUUUUGAAGCUACUAGAAGCAGUCCUUAAAACAGGAAAUCGAAUGAAUGUUGGUACAUUCCGUGGAGGAGCUCAGGCUUUUAAACUUGACACGCUCCUUAAGUUAUCUGAUGUCAAAGGAACUGAUGGGAAGACAACACUGUUACAUUUUGUUGUUCAAGAAAUCAUCCGUUCCGAAGGUGUUCGUAUUGCACGGGCUGCGAAAGAGCAGAGUAGCAGUGUAUCCAGUGUGGACGCCAAUGAUUUUACUGAUGACAAUACUGAGCAAACUGAAGACGAUUACAAACAACUUGGAUUAAAAGUUGUGUCCAGUUUAGGAGAUGAACUUCAAAAUGUCAGGAAGGCAGCAAUCCUUGAUGCAGAUCAAUUGACAAUGUUGGUAGCAAGUCUUGGCCACAGACUUGUCAAAACCAAAGAAUUCCUGAACACGAGUAUGAAAAGUUUGAAUGAAGACAGUGGGUUUCACCAGAAUCUUAAGCAUUUCACAGAGCAGUCUCAAACUGACGUUACUUUCUUGCUAGAGGACGAGAAGAAAAUACGGUCUUUGGUCCGAAGCACUGUUGAUUAUUUCCACGGGAGUACAGGGAAGGAUGAGGGACUGCGGUUAUUUGUGGUGGUCCGAGAUUUCCUUGCAAUGCUGGACAAAGUUUGCAAAGAGGUGAAAGAAGCAUCAAAAGUAGCUCCAAGGAUAGCAAAGACCAAACAGCCAUCUCAAACAUCUCAGUCUUUUAAUGAUCCCAGGCGCAACCUAUUCCCAGCAAUUCAAGAUCGGAGGGCAGAUAGCUCAAGCUCAAGUUCUGAUGAGGACAAUUAGCUCUCUAUCAAAUGAAGGUAUCCAUCCUUUUUCUUACAAAGUACGCUACAUUUUGACUCUUACAAAACAAUUGUGCAGUGAUAGAAAAGACGUGAAAACUGAUGAGGAAAUGAUAGCGUCUACAUUGUUUUGGUCAUUCACUGUAUCAACAGAAUCAAAAUUUCAAAACCUAGCUUGUUGUGCACUUGUACUGUUAGAAAAAAAGGCAUGUCAUCUGACCCGACCUGGCAUUCUUGGCUGAGACUGUUUCGCACUCCCAUUGAGCAAAAGAGAAACUCAUGGUCGAGACAGUCCAGCUGAAAGGUGCUACCAGAGUCGUAAUGGGUGAUUCAAAAGAGAAGGAAGAAAACUGACCUAGUUUAGGGCAGGCAUUACGUGCAGGAGGAGGUAGGCUGACUCUGAUACAGUUCUCUCUUUUUUUUCAUUAUACAUUUGUACCA